GUAUCAGAAUGUCGUAUAUUUGGCGUCAAUUAGGAUCUCCUACGGUUGCAAUCACAUUAUCAGUUAGUACAGUAAUCUAUGUUACUGUAAUUUGUCCAAUUGUUUUCAUCCACUUGUUUGGGGACCAUUUGAAUGUCUUAGAGGAUGAUGAAUGUCCGAUUCAAAUGAGUGACCUUCGGCAACGAGUGAGUUUUGUUAGAGAGCAAAUUCACGAAAAUACCAGGAAGAAAAGAGAAUUGGCGUCAUGCUGCAUUGGACCACCUGGAAUGAAAGGAUUUCCAGGAAAGAAUUCAAGAGAUGGAUAUGACGGAGAACCAGGUCGAGAUGGCCAACCUGGACGUCCAGCAGAUGGUGAUAGUCGAAUGGUAUGUAUACGUGAAUGCCCAACAGGACGACCUGGACGUGAAGGUGGAGAUGGACCAAAAGGAUCAAAAGGACAAAGAGGACGUACUGGUCAGCAAGGAGAUUCAGCGCCACCGUCAAUACGUGGUGAACCUGGAGAAAGAGGAGAUAAGGGAUUCCCUGGAGUUGCAGGACCAGCCGGAGAACCAGGUGAACCAGGACAUAUCUAUGUGUCUGAUGGACCACCUGGAAAAGAUGGAGAAACAGGGCCACGUGGGCCACCAGGUGAGAAAGGAAGAACUGGAAGAGACGGAGAAGAUGGAUUACCUGGUGAACGAGGUGAACGUGGAUAUCAAGGAUUAAAAGGAGAAAUUGGAAAAAGAGGACCUGUGGGAACUUUUGGGCCAAUUGGUCCAAAAGGAGAACCAUGGCCAUGUGAAUCAUGUCCACCGCCCCGUGUUAGCCCUGGAUACUAUGUGAAUAAACGGAAUAAGAAACAUUGAUUCUUUCUGAUGCCUUGACUUAUAUUUUCUUCUAUAUAAACAUACUUAUCUUGAAA